AAUCCUGCUUCAACAAUAUUUUUAAUUCAAAAUAAACUGGGGGUGCUAAGCACCCCUGACACCCCCGUAUGUACGCCAAUGGUGGUACUCAAACGAAUAUUGUGUACGUUAAUCAUUUUUGUCACUCACGAUAGUGUUAUCAUUUAUUUUUUUCUAUCGUGCACAGAAAUGCAAAUUAAAAUUUUAGAAUAGAAUAGUUAAUUGUAAUGAUAUUAUUCAUGUUCCGUGGUAUGAUACGGUUCAAUAAACCCAUUCACACGACUCGUGUAACACAUUCUCGUCAUAUUAUUAAUUAUGCACGCAACCGAUUUAUUUUCGUUUUGAACGACCGUGUAUCUAUAAUAAUCUAAAUAUCUUACCACUUUUAAACGAGUAGCAAUUCUUGUUAAACGAACAAAAACAUUUUCCAAAGAUAAUCCCCAACCACCAUUAUGGAUCUUACAAACAUAUGUUGAAACACUUACCAAAACAUCGAAAUCUUUGGUACAGUGUUCAAAUUGCUCACUUAAUUUUCAAAGAAUGGACAGCACUGCCAUGGAACAGAAAUUGAAUAGCAAGGCUGCAGCGCUCACUGUAUUAAGUGAAGAACUGGAGAAAUGCCGAAUAGAACGUGAUCACUUGAAAAUCAUUUUAGAAAAUAAAAUGUUGCAUAGUACCUACAAUAGAAACUACCAGUUGAAUUAUGAUAAACUUGUUAGUCAACUAAGAGAAGAAAAUAAAUUACUAAGAUUGGAAGCAGAUAAUUUGCGCCAAAAAUUACAUGAUGCUCAAGGUGACAACCAAGUAUUGAGAACUGGUGGAUUUGUAAAAGAUUGUAUUAAUACUAUCUUAACUAGUACGGACAGCAAAGAAGAAUUGGUGAAAAAUUUAGAAAUAAUACAUUCAAAAUAUCAGCAGUUAAAACUUGAUUUUGGUUUGUUACUGGACGAUAAACAAGAAUUAAUCACAGAACGAGAUGGAUUUCGUAAUAAAAUACGACGAUUAAAUUAUGAACUAGCUGCCUCAUUAAAAGCCAAUAAAAAUCAAUCUAUUUUAGAUAUCGAUAGUAUAUUAUUUGAAAAUAAGUAUUUAAAUGAAAGAUUGCAGUUAGAGAUUGCUGAAAAGGAAAUGAUUAAGAAAACAAAUUCAAUAUACCAGAAUACAUCAAAUGAAGAAACAUCUCUUUUAUAUAGUAAUAAUUUGAUAGCCCGAAAAGUAGUUGCUUGCAAACAGAUGCAACAAAUUUUGGAGACUGGAAAUUUGCAAGCUUUAUUUUCAAACAGCACAACACUUGCAGAUUUAAGAAAAUUAUGUCAAACAUUAUUUGAAGCAUUGCAAGAUAAAACUAUAGCGUUCAAUCAUCAGAAAAAAACUAAUAAGAUAUUAGCAAAACGAUUGGAAGACUUAGAAAAACGUUUGAAAACAAUUAACCAGGGAGAAGCCAUUAUGUCGCCAACACAGAUUUUAUUGAACGAAUGUGCAAAUAUAUCUGAUGAAACUGAUAUUGAUACAAGCUCUAUUGAUGAACCAAGUCCUUGUAUAAUUUCUGAAGAUGAUCCUGCAAUUGAAUCUAAUAAUUUUGAUGAAUAUCCUAAUGAAAUGAAUACUUUACCGAAAAAUAUACAACAACUUGUUACUGAGGCCAUGAAAACAAUGACAUUCGAACCAUCAACUGCAACCUCUAAUACUGUUGAUCACGAUUUUACUCAGAUAUAAUAAAUCAUACAAUGUAUCGUACAA